CUUAAUCUGUGUAAACAACGUCCAAUCCACUUCCCAACAUGUCGGACAAAGCACCAAGUGGCGGCAGCCAUCUGACGAGCGACAUCGACUUCAUCAAGACGCCCAAGGCCGCCCCCGGAUCCUUUGACACCGGAGAGGAUUGUGGCGUGAAAACCACGGAUUCGCCCGCUAUCCAUAACCCUCCGCUUCCAGCAGACGGCGCCGGAAAUGAGCAAUUCAGCAACAUCAUCUUCGCCAGUGUGCUCCUUGGAGUGCCCACAUACUUGGCAUGGAAGGUUGGUGGUGGGCUGAAGACAACCAUCUUCUUCGCCCUCAUCACCUUUGUCCCUUUGCUUCUGGCAUUCUGGACGGUCAUGUCCACCUACAGCCCGCGAAUCAAUGAGAAGGUCAAGCUUCCAGGGCGCCCAGUGGAGCACUACCUCACAUUCAAGAAGGAGGCCGACCGUGCCCGAUUCAGCGGCAGCAGCAAGGUGCCUAUGCAGACUUUCUUCGAGUUGUACUUCAGCGGCGACGUUGACUUCAACGGUGACUGCCUUGAUAUCAUGGAGUACCGCCACGACUGGGCAACGUUCAACUUCACCUGGGACCUGUUCCGCUACAUCCUCUUCACCUUCGCACCGGAUGUCAUUCUGCACAACCGCUCCCAGGACGACGAGCAGGUGCGCCCCAACUAUGACCGUGGCAAUGACCACUACGCCUGGUUCCUGGGACCACGCAUGAUCUACACGUCUGGUGUUAUCUCGGACAUCACCCGUGAGGAGACUCUCGAGGAGAUGCAGGACAACAAGAUGGCCAUUGUGUGCGAGAAGAUCGGCCUCAAGGAGGGCGAGACCAUGCUCGACAUUGGCUGUGGCUGGGGAACGCUCGCUAGGUUCGCAAGUGUCAACUACGGCGCAAAGGUCACUGGUGUCACUAUAGCUGGCAACCAGACCGAGUGGGGUAACGACGCGCUCAAGCAGGCUGGUGUCCCUGAGGAGCAGAGCCGUAUCCUUUGCAGCGAUUACCGCGACAUUGUCAGCUCCAAGUUCGACAAGAUCACGCAGCUCGAGAUGGCUGAGCACGUCGGCGUUCGUCGCCUUACCACCUUCUUCCGCCAGUGCUAUGGCAUGCUCGAGGAUGACGGAUCCAUGUACGUCCAGCUCUCUGGCCUGAGAAAGUCGUGGCAGUACGAGGACUUCAUCUGGGGCUUGUUCCUUAACAAGUACAUCUUCCCCGGUGCGGAUGCCUCGACGCCACUCAGCUUCUACAUCGGUUGCCUUGAGAGCGCCGGCUUCGAAGUCAAGAGUGUUGAUACCGUUGGUGUCCAUUACUCGGGCACUCUCUGGAGGUGGUACCGAAACUGGCUCGGAAACGCCGAGAAGGUCAAGGAUACCUACGGCGAGAAGUGGUUCAGAAUCUGGGAGUUAUUCCUGGCCUACUCGACCAUUGCUUCGCGCCAGGGUUCCGCAACCUGCUUCCAGAUGGUUGUUGUCAAGAACCUCAACUCGAGCCACCGCAUUGACGGCGUUCACUCCCAAGACGGCCUCAGUGGCGCGCUCGCCAGAAGCAAGGCGGCUGGCAAGGCUACUUUGGCUAAGUAGGUGUCCAGACAGGCGCAGGGAAGGCAAACCUGGCCAGAAGCAACGCGGCUGGCCAAGAAGCUCGCCUGGCAAAUUGGAUAUCCGGACAUGUAUAGAGAGGGGUAAACCGGCCAGUCUUAUUGCCCUCGGAUGUAUAGCUUAAAUGUUUGAACACGCGUAUUCUAACUAGUUUAUUACGAUAACUGCUAUACUUGGCUUUCUAAUAUUCAGCAACCAAGAGCUCUGGGCCCCCAACUCUAUCUAGAUAAUAGUGUACGCCCAUUCUCAUCUAUACAACCCGGCCAAUUGGCCAACUAUUUGUGUCAUCCAGUCUUCUAUCCCCGCAUACCAAAAAACCCGCGUAGAAAACAGAAAAUCCCAGACUACCCUCUAAAAGAGAUCAGUAUAGUAUCCCAGCGCGGGCUGUUUGUUUCCCGUAAACGUCUCCGACAGGCUAUCAAGCGCAGCAUGGUGCUUCGCAUACUCCAUCCCCCUCGCAUUCUCCGCCUCCACCAUCUUCCAAUCCCACCCCGUCACCGCCGCCGCCUCCUUCGCAGCGCCAUUAGCAGCACCAUUAGUAUGACCAUUCGCACUCCCAUUCCCCAACACCUCCUCCUUCCAAUUCGGUAUCCCCAAAAGCGACAACACGCUCUCCUCCCCCCCCAUCUCCUCCAACCCCUCCCUCUCCUCCACA